CGACAGCAGCGCCCCCUUCGUUCGGUCCUUUCAGAUUUGAACCUAGCAUGGUGGUAGUCUGCUCUAUUACAGUGUCUUAAAUAGUGGUCAAUUUCCUUGGAAUUGUCGAUUUUUCUCUCUGAAAGUGGCUAAAUACCCUCCACCAUUCCGCAAUUAAUUAAAAGCCAGCCGAAAGGGUGGCUUUCGUCCAGUAAGGGUUCGGGUCGGCUGGUGCGCAGCCCUCUAAACUUUGUCGACUGGCGUGAGGCGCUCAACGGCGACCCCCCGUGGCAGUGCUGACAACCGCAAAUUAAUUAUUAGACUUUAGUUUAAACACAACUCUGUCCAAGACUGGACAAGAGCUGCCUCUUUGCUUGUUCGGAUUUGUGACACGUCUUCUGCUGUCUCGCCAUGAGGAAUGUAUCUGUGACGGACAUGAUCCACGUCCUGGACACCGACACUGCGCCGAUGGACGUGCUGCGCGCCAUCGCGCAGUCCGGGGUCCAGGAGAAUGCUUUUUAUGUCCUCGACAUUGGGGAUAUUGUCCACAAACACUCAGAAUGGAAGAUGAAGAUGCCCAGAGUUGAACCUUUUUACGCGGUGAAGUGCAAUGACAGUCAGCUCGUCCUGGCUACCCUCGCGGCUCUAGGAACCGGGUUCGACUGUGCGUCCAAGACAGAAAUCGCCAAGGUGAUGGACCUAGGAGUUGAUGGCAGCCGUAUAAUUUUUGCCAAUCCUGCCAAAAUGGCGUCUCACAUCCGCUAUGCAGCCUCACAAGACGUCAACACUAUGACCUUCGAUAACGAGUGUGAACUGUACAAGGUCAAGCAAAUGCACCCUAACGCCAGGAUGGUGUUGCGUAUUCGGUGUGACGCUACAGUAGCCCAAUGUCAGCUGGGGAUGAAGUUCGGCUGUGAUCCGCUGGUCGAGGCUCCUCGUCUGCUCAAGCUGGCCGCUGCGCUGGGAGUUACGGUGGUGGGGGUGAGUUUCCACGUCGGCUCCGGCUGUCAAGAUCCUCCCGUGUUCCGUCGAGCCAUCUCUGCCGCCCGUGACCUGUUUGACCUCGGCGGCCAGCUGGGCUUCAACAUGAGCUUGUUGGACAUCGGUGGUGGUUACCCCGGCAACCGAGGCAGCAGCAUUGAUCAGAUCUCCGAGGUGGUGAAUGCAGCUUUGGACGACUACUUCCCCAUCUCACUUGGCGUGCAGAUCAUCGCAGAGCCCGGCAGGUUCUACGUUGCCUCCGCCUACACUCUGGCCACACUCAUACACUCAAAGCGGGACACCAUGUACUACAUCAAUGACGGUGUCUACGGCUCCUUCAACUGCAUCUUGUACGAUCACGCUGUCGUUAAGGCGAUCCCACUCGAGAACAAGGGAGGCAAGCCGCUGCUGUCGUCUGUGUGGGGCCCGACCUGCGAUGGACUUGACCAGGUGUUGGACAGUGUGUUGCUGCCGCCCCUGGACAUAGGGGACUGGCUUGUGUUUGAGGACAUGGGCGCCUACACUCUACCUGUCGCCUCAACCUUCAACGGCUUCCCCGUACCCAAGGUGCAUGCUGUCAUCGAUGAAUCCGUCUGGCGUUUCUUGAAAGGCUGUCUUCCCCUGACAGAGGACCACUUCAUUGCACAGAACAACAACUGGACGUCAGUCUGGGACAUUCCCUCCCCUGAGCAGUCUACCCCCUCCUCCCCCUCUCCUUCUCCCUACAUAUAUGAACUCAUGGCUUGAUGGAUACUCGGCUCUGCUCGGCGACCCUGGUUGUCAUGGCAACAUCACAAUCUGCUAUCAACGUUCCACCUCGUACACAAAUCCUCAUCGAUUGUCAGCUUUAUUUUGAUUUAAAAUUGUUUAAAUUUUACAAGUAACUGUUAAGUUAUAAUUUAACAUCAUUAAAAUGUUUUGUUGUAAAUUGUUUCCAAGUGCAGUUUAAUUUUUUUUGUGAUGAGGAUGACUGUGUAGUUGUGCUUUGACAACCAAACCGGCUUCUGAUUUUCGGUUGACGGAUGAUUGUUUUACUCAGGUCUAUUUUAGUAUAGUCUGGUUUUUAUAGUCACCUUCGCACAAUUUUAUGUCAAUAGUAAUCAUUAUCAUUCU